AUGGCUCUCAGCAGGCGACUGCAAAUAGCUUCUGUUUUAAAAGUAAGUAAUCGUUAUUUGGCAACGACUACACCUUCAUCAAAUCCUCCACCACAAUCUCCUCCAUCUUCAAAACCAACAACUCCUCCUCCACAAGCAACAUCUCCGCCUUCACAAGCAGCAACACCAGCAGCUAAACCAAAAAAGACAAAAUUUGGCCCAUUAAAAGAUGAAGAUAGAAUAUUUACAAAUCUAUAUGGACGUCGUGAUUGGCAUCUAAAAGGUGCAAUAGCACUAGGAGAUUGGUAUAAAACGAAAGAAAUUGUACUAAAAGGAUCGAAUUGGAUUAUAGAUGAAAUGAAAAAAAGUGGUUUAAGGGGUCGAGGAGGAGCUGGAUUUCCAUCUGGAUUAAAAUGGAGUUUCAUGAAUAAACCAUCCGAUGGUAGACCAAAAUACUUGGUUAUUAAUGCUGAUGAAGGUGAACCUGGCACAUGUAAAGAUCGCGAAAUAAUGAGACAUGAUCCACACAAACUCCUCGAAGGAUGUUUAAUUGCCGGCAAAGCAAUGGGUGCACGUGCAGCCUAUAUUUAUAUACGUGGGGAAUUCUAUAACGAAGGUUCAAAUGUGCAAGUUGCUAUCCAAGAGGCAUAUAAAGCUGGUCUAAUUGGAAAAAAUGCAUGUGGCACUGGCUACGAUUUUGACAUCUAUAUGCAUCGUGGUGCUGGCGCAUAUAUUUGUGGAGAAGAAACAGCGUUAAUUGAAUCGUUAGAGGGAAAACAGGGAAAACCGCGAUUAAAACCACCAUUUCCAGCUGAUAUUGGAUUAUUUGGAUGUCCUACAACGGUGACAAAUGUUGAAACAGUGGCUGUUGCACCUACUAUAUGUCGUCGAGGUGGCGAAUGGUUCGCGUCAUUUGGGAGAGAAAGAAAUCACGGAACAAAACUAUUUUGUAUCAGUGGACAUGUAAAUAAACCUGUUACGGUCGAGGAAGAAAUGUCAAUUCCUUUACGAGAAUUGAUUGAACGACAUGCUGGCGGAGUGGUUGGAGGAUGGGACAAUCUUUUAGCAAUUAUACCUGGUGGAUCAUCUGUUCCAUUGUUACCAAAACAUAUCUGUGAUGAUGUAAUGAUGGAUUUUGAUGCUUUGGUGGCCGUUCAGUCCGGUUUAGGUACAGCAGCCGUCAUCGUUAUGAAUAAAUCAACGGAUGUCAUCAAAGCUAUUGCGCGUUUAUCAUUAUUUUACAAACAUGAAUCAUGUGGACAGUGUACACCAUGUAGAGAAGGAACAGGAUGGUUGGCGAAAAUGAUGUACCGUUUUGUUGACGGUAAUGCUCGUCCAGAAGAAAUCGAUAUGAUCUGGGAAUUAUCAAAACAAAUUGAAGGACAUACAAUUUGUGCGUUGGGUGAUGCAGCUGCUUGGCCAGUACAGGGACUUAUUCGUCAUUUUCGUCCAGAAAUGGAACGACGAAUGAAAGAAUAUCAGGAGAACACUCCAUCGAAAAAGGCUGUUUCCCGUCAACCGGCACAUUAA